AUGGUUGCAAGAUUCGUGAUUGCCGUGUUUGCCACCUUGCUGGUCGUAGCGACCACAAGCCGUGACGAUGUGGCAAUGCUACAGCAGUCUCGCAAAGACAUCGAGCCAAGUGGGCUUCAAACGACUCAAGCCGAUUCCUUGGAGGACAUGGCUUUGGGCCCACUGAUGCUCAAAGUGAAGGAGGAGUGCCUUUCAUCCACUCAGCAAUGCUUGCCUGCUUUGAUUGAAGCCCGGCAUAGAGUUUGGCCCUAUGUGCAAGCUGAGCUCGGCAAGGAAAUCAAGCCAUAUGAGCCUAGCUCAUUCAGUGCGGACUUCGCCAGCGCCUGGCUGAAGGAUGAGGUUUGCCAUGGGAAGACCUUCUUUCUGCUGCAUGUUUGGAAAGCAGUCGGCUGGGGAGGCAUUGAGAACCUCCAACAAUUGAUGGGUGGCAAUGUGGAGCGACAUAAUCUAGGGGGCGACCUUCAUCCAUAUGACUGCCAGAAUGUGUCCCAUCCCUCCACCUUCACCUUUGUGCGCGAUCCGCUCACACGCUUCAUCUCAGGAUAUGCCCAGCUAGAGCAACUUCGAGAACAGCAGAUUGACUUGUUUGCAGGUUGA